AUGGAAUUAGACGCCAAAGGAAUACCUGGUUUGGUUUUCGUUGUGAGUUGUGAGCCACCACUUGAAAGACCCAUCAAAUUGAGUUGGUAUAGGGAUCGCUGUAAUCAAAAUUUUGAACAGUAUAGGAUAAAUGAGCGGCAUAAUACCGAAGCAACUGGAUCACAGGAAAUGAGUAAAAGGAAAAAGCAUAGAAAGAAGUGCGGACAACUGUAUAUAAGAGGCCAUUUUUUAUCUGUGGUUUAUGGCAUUGCCAGUUGCAUAAGUCUACCGAGGCGAGCCAAACACCAGCGGCAACAAACGGAAGUCAGCAGUACUUUCUUUGAUUUCCUGAAUUUAAAGGCCAGACUCAGAACCAUCGGUGAUGGGCGAUGCACCCGUGCUACUGGAGAGGUGGCGGGUAUACGACUCCCCAAUGUUUUGGCUGCGCUUGCUUUUAUUGCUGCAGUUGCACACACAGACUGCUUUGCUGGUGUUCUAAAAAUCGCCGAAAUUUGGUUAGCUGAAAUUAAUAUCACGCAGACCCUUCGUCACUGUUGUCUGCGCGCUACCCGAAUGAUUUUGGAUCCUGACGGAAUUUAUCCUAAUACGUCUGAUGGCCUGUUAAUUGACUGGGAAAACGUCAAGAGAGUAGAGAAGUUGCGCCGGAUAAAGAUAAACUAUAUUGCAGACGAACCAAUGGGAGAAAAAGCGCCGCGGCUCAAUAGGGCACGACAGAAAGAACAGCGGAAUCUCAGUGAAAUGGUAAAAAAGGUACAGCUGUUCUCUAGAGUGUAA